CCCUUCGUCGUUCGGUCGCGCGGCUGGCUCUGCGGCGAGCGGCUCUGCGCCCUGCUGCUCGACUACUUGCCCGGCGGCUCGCUCGGGGCCCUCCUCCGGCGCACCGGCCCGCUCGGCCAGCGCGCGGCUCGCUUCUACGUCGGCCAGGCCGCCCUCGGCCUCGCGCACUUGCACGAGCGCCGCGUCGGCCACCGCGACCUCAAGCCGGACAACCUCUGCCUCUCCUCCGCCGGCCACUGCACGCUGGGCCAGGGCCAGGGCGAGGGCGAGGGCGAGGGGCGGUCCUUCUCUCUGCUCGGCACGCCCGACUACCUGGCGCCCGAAAUGUUCCUGCGGGAGGGCCACGGGCCGCGCGUCGACUUGUGGGCACUCGGCGCAACCCUCUACGAGCUCCUCCUCGACGCUCUCCCUUUCGGCAGCGGCGGCGACCCCACGGCCACCUACGCCGCAGCGCUGCGCGGUGCGCCUCACUUCCCGGCCUCGCCCUUCCUCUUUUGCGCGGCUGCAAAGGACCUCGUGAUGGCGCUGCUGAGCCGCGACCCAACGGCGCGCCCCUCGCCGUCCGCGCUGCUCCAGCACCCCUUUUUCGGCGCGGGCGCCUUCCCAAAG